AGAGCCAGCUCUCCAGUCCGGCAUUUUGGACCUCGCCAGUCCUCACCAGAUCCAACUGUCUUCUGCAGCACACUAACCUCAUGGCCCCAUAAGCUCAGCCUUCCCAGUCGUCUGACCCAGCUCCACCCUCAGCACCAACAGAUCUUACUGCAGCAGCAGAGGCAAAAACCAAGGUAAAGGAUGUUUCUCCUGGCCUGAAGUCUCCUAUCCCAGAAGCCUUGGUCUCAGCAGCCAGACCCCUAUGCUAACCUCAUGACCCGAAAAGAGAAGGACUGGGUGAUUAAAGUGCAGAUGGUUCAGCUGCAGAGUGAGAACCCCCGCCUAGACGAUUAUUACUACCAGGAAUACUACCAGAAGCUAGAGAAGAAACAGGCAGAUGAAGAGCUGCUUGGACAAAAGAACAGGCUUGAGUCACUCAAGCUGGUCACCCCUUACAUCCAGAAGGCAGAAGUUUAUGAGUCAGUGGUUCGAAUUGAGGGUUCUCUGGGCCAGGUAGCUGUAUCAACAUGUUUUAGCCCUCGCCGAGCUAUUGAUGCUGUAUCUCAUGGAACUCAAGAGCAGGAUACAGGAGCUACAUGUGGUCAGAGGCUUCAAGUAUUAUUCCAGAUCGAGAAGAUGUUCCUUCAGUUACUAGAGAUAGAAGAGGGCCAGAAGAAUGGGUUUCCACAACUCUGCUGCUCUGGGCAACAGAGCAACCAGGUUGAGAAGCUCUUCCAGGCCUUAAAGACCCAAGAACAGAACAGCCUGGAGGAGACAGCAGACAGCCUUCUGCAGGUGCUGUCUGUAAGGAAGGGGAAAUUUUUGGUGGCUCGGCUGCUCCCCUUCCUGCCCCGUGAUCAAGCUGUUAGCCUUCUUCUGUAUAUCACUCACCAUCUGCCUCUCCUGAUCCGGAGGGAUUUGGCUGACCAGGCUCUACACAUGUUAUUCAAACCUCUGGGCAAAUAUAUAAGUCACCUUACCUUCCAUCAACUCCUUCAAGGACUUCAAGGUCUAAUGUUGCUACCACCCGGUUCCUCAGAGCGGCCAGUCGCUGUGGUACUUCAGAAUCAGUUUGGAAUAUCUUUGCUUUAUGCCCUGCUGAGUCAUGGAGAGCAGCUGGUAUCCCUGGAUUCUUCCCCAGAGGAACCCAACAGUGACUCUACAGCUUGGACAGACUUGGUGAUACUGAUUGCCUGGGAGAUAGCCCGAAUGCCCACAGCUUCUCUGGCAGAACCACUAACCUUCCCCAGAAACCUACUUCCCUGUUCUGUCACCAUGUGGACAAACAAUUAG